CAGACAUGUACAAUAUCCAAAGAAAGGCACACUACCUUUAACGGAUCUGUAUGAAGUGUGUGACAGCAUCAACUCGUGGCUGUUGUCCGAUAGAGACAACGUCGCCGUCAUCCAUUGCCAGAAUGGGGUGGCCAGGACCAUUCCCCUAGUGGUCAGCUAUCUCCUGUUCACCCAACUGUUCACGUCGCCGGAAGUGGCUGUGGCGCAUUGCUCGAUCAAAGGGCGCGCAAAAAGUGGACUAAAGAUAAGACCAUCCGCCAAUAGGCAGGCGGCAAAUCUGCUGAAGAUCGUGCAGGGCGAUCCACCCAAAGAGUCUUCGGUGCAUGUGCAGUCGAUCUCCUUCCCCAACCUACCCGUGUUCACAUCACACCCCGCCAAGCCCUAUGUCAACAUACAGUGCAAUGGAAAGAUAGCGUUCUCGACCAAAGACCAGAUACCAGAUCUCAGCCGAGAUUCGAUACAGAUCAAAUGUGGGAAGUCGUUCAUGGGAGACAUCUCCGUGCAGCUGAUGGUACCCACAAGGGAAGGCCCCGGCGCACACCUCUGCCUGGUGCAACUAUAUACCGGCUACCUAGCCCCCGGCCACCACCAAUACGACAUUGUGGACCUGGACAGUCCCGUCAAGUCUCUGGGCGGGUCCUUUUAUCUGGCCCUCGAUGUGUCCUCAGGCGAGGGAACGGGUGCAGGCAAACCUCUGCCGUGGAAAGGGACCCAAUCGCACCCGGAACAGGCCCUUACCACGUGCUUCUUUAAUGACUCAGAGGCUCGUGGUCAACUCAAGGCGUACGAGCGGGAUCUGGUCACUGCCAUCGGCCACUCAGCCGCAGAGUUCAUUCCCAACCGAAAGGAAGGAGCGUCCGCCAAAAGCAACGACGCCGACGGCUACCGGACCACUCGCUCUACAACCGGCAAAUCCGGACGGGGCGCACCCCGAGGUCGCCAGCAACGGUCCUACCCAGACCGCGAGACCCGGGACAGGGACAGGCACCCAGUGACCACUCCUGCAAGCAAUGGGACCGGUCCUGCCCCCGAUGGUCUGGGCAGUGGCGUGGGUGGGGGUGGUAACAACAUGCUCCUCGAUCUACUAGGCGAUGGCCAGGCCAUGGCCGCCACACCGUCGCCGCCCCCGACGAAUAGUGUCAAUAUCAUGGGCGUGUCGGAUGACGAAGGAGACGACGAGUUUGGGACGUUUGGAGAGAUGAGCAGUGGUCUGGGUAUGGACAACACCACUGCCGGUAUGACAGAAGGCCUGGAUCUAUUGGACUUGGGAGGUGGUAACCAUGGCAACAGUCCGCGCGGGGGUUCGCCUCCGGGCGCGCAGACGAGUAAUACUAACAGCGGCGGUGCAGGAGCAUCAGCGUUCGAUCUACUCGGAUUGAGCGAUAUGCCUGAUCCUUCGGCCACCGUGAGAGCUCCCCCGUCCAAUGCCGAUCCAUUUGCGAGCGAUAUGAUUGGUCUAAACCCGGAUGUGAUGGGCUCGACCAAUGAGGAUUCGGGAAUGCACCGCAGCCACAGUGCCGUGUUUGACAACGAACACCGCAACUCCAUCCCACGCAGCCACAGUGCCGCGGAUUUUGACAAUCUUUUGACGCCUGUCACCAGCAAUGGCAGUGACACCAGCCAGGCACACAACAGCACACGGCCAAAUAAGCCUACCACAAAGUCGCCCCAAAUCCCCGAAGACCCCUUCGGAACACUUAACACAGGCAUGCCCAGCAUCAACCAAACCACCCCAUCCCCUCUAGGCACAGCCACCGCUGCCAACAACGGAACCUCUCCCAGGCCAAACGCUACCGGAAACCUAGGCGGUGCCAGCUACGGUAUGCCCACCCGCGGUAGGCCCAACUACGCGUCCAGUCCUAUGCUGCGCUCUCCUGCACCGUCACCCCACCGAUCGCCACAGCCCACACAAGCCAAUUCUCAGCAGUCCGUGUUUAGUACGGUAACGGGUGUGGGGGGUUCGGGUGUAACCACCAGUCCAAAUGUUGGGGCUGGGACAGGGCCAGGGUCGAAUGAUCCGUUCGGCGGCUUGGGCGGCUUUGGGAACUCUAGGUAG